AUGCUGGCGCGGAAGCGCCCUGCGGCGUCCGACUUCGCCGCUUCCCGCUACGCUGCUGAUGUUUGGGGCCUCGCGGGAGGCAGGGGCAAGCGCGGCCGCAGGAAGAGGACGGCCGCCGCGGACGAAGGUCCGCAGGUGGAAUGUAGAGAUUACUCCAAGUGCAACCAGCGCAACGAGGACGCGUGUAAGGACCUGCUGAUUUCUCUGGCCACGGAUGACUUGCGAGGGCGCCUGACGCGCAGCCGCUACGACCUGGAGAGUGCCCGGCGCUCGGAACGGCUGAGACAGAUCGAGGCGGGGAUAGCGCUCGAUGACGACUGGUUGGAGGAGGCGGCGAGUGCCUUCAACGUCCCUACCCGCAAGAGGAAGCAAAUGCAGGUCGUGGAAGACGUCCUGGAGGCCGUGCGACAGACCCGACAGCGGGCCCCGGGCACGGCGACCGCCAUGGACGCCGAUCGCAGGGAGGCGACGCAGAGGGAUAUCCAAAGGCCAAAAGGUGUAGACGCGCUGAGGGAUGAGCUGCUAGUCAGAUCUAGUUCGGAGGAUCUGCGCCUGCGCGUGGUGGGCGAGUGCCUCCAGCGGCGCGGAGGCUGGCCCGCCGAGGCAGCAGACCUCGGCGGCGACGCCCCGGGGCCGUUUGGCGAUUGCACCCCCAGGGUCAGCCGGGCGGCUUCGCCGGGCGCCAUGCUGGCGCGGAAGCGCUCUGCGGCGUCCGACUUCGCCGCUUCCCGCUACGCUGCUGAUUUUUGGGGCCUCGCGGGAGGCAGGGGCAAGCGCGGCCGCACGAAGAGGACGGCCGCCGCGGACGAAGGGCCGCAGGUGGAAUGUAGAGAUUACUUCUACUGCAACCAGCGCAACGAGGACGCGUGUAAGGACCUGCUGAUUUCUCUGGCCACGGAUGACUUGCGAGGGCGCCUGACGCGCAGCCGCUACGACCUGGAGAGUGCCCGGCGCUCGGAACGGCUGAGACAGAUCCAGGCGGGGAUAGCGCUCGAUGACGACUGGUUGGAGGAGGCGGCGAGUGCCUUCAACGUGCCUACCCGCAAGAGGAAGCAAAUGCAGGUCGUGGAAGACGUCCUGGAGGCCGUGCGACAGACCCGACAGCGGGCCUCGGGCACGGCGACCGCCAUGGACGCCGAUCGCAGGGAGGCGACGCAGAGGGAUAUCCAGAGGCCGCAAGGUGUAGACGCGCUGGGGGAUGAGCUGCUAGUCAGAUCUAGUUCGGAGGAUCUGCGCCUGCGCGUGGUGGGCGAGUGCCUCCAGCGGCGCGGAGGCUGGCCCGCCGAGGCAGCAGACCUCGGCGGCGACGCCCCGGGGCCGUCUGGCGAUUGCACCCCCAGGGUCAGCCGGGCGGCUUCGCCGGGCGCCAUGCUGGCGCGGAAGCGCCCUGCGGCGUCCGACUUCGCCGCUUCCCGCUACGCUGCUGAUUUUUGGGGCCUCGCGGGAGGCAGGGGCAAGCGCGGCCGCACGAAGAGUACGGCCGCCGCGGACGAAGGGCCGCAGGUGGAAUGUAGAGACUACUUCUACUGCAACCAGCGCAACGAGGACGCGUGUAAGGACCUGCUGAUUUCUCUGGCCACGGAUGACUUGCGAUGGCGCCUGACGCGCAGCCGCUACGACCUGGAGAGUGCCCGGCGCUCGGAACGGCUGAGGCAGAUCGAGGCGGGGAUAGCGCUCGAUGACGACUGGUUGGGGGAGGCGGCGAGUGUCUUCAACGUCCCUACUCGCAAGAGGAAGCAAAUGCAGGUCGUGGAAGACGUCCUGGAGGCCGUGCGACAGACCCGACAGCGGGCCCCGGGCACGGCGACCGCCAUGGACGCCGAUCGCAGGGAGGCGAUGCGCAGGCGCACGUGGAGCUCCAUGGCCGCGUUGCACGAGGCGAAGGUCUGGGGUAUGCGCGCGACGCAGAGGGAUAUCCAGAGGCAGCAAGGUGUCGACGCGCUGCGGGAUGAGCUGCUAGUCAGAUCUUGUCCGGAGGAUCUGCGCCUGCGCGUGGUGGGCGAGUGCCUCCAGCGGCGCGCAGGCUGGCCCGCCGAGGCAGCAGACCUCGGCGGCGACGACCUUUGGGCGCGCCGCUAUUUGCACAGCGCGAUGGCCCGAAGGUACGCCAGCGCCUCCACUGGCGAGCAGCUCUUGCCGGGCGACGUGGCGCGGUGGCAGGAGCUGCUCGACAGGAUCCCGGAGGCGCAGCGGCCCACCUGGCAGGCGGACCCUCUGCGCCAGCAGUUGCAGGCCCACUACGAGGAGCAUGGCCACCUGAACGUGAGGCCCUCGACCAGGAGGGCCGACGAUCCCGAUCGCCUUCUACUCGAAGCUUUGAAGGUCCUGCGCCGCGCACGGCUGGAGGAUGUCAGGGGCGAGCGCGGCCAUCUGCUGCGCCGGCAGCUCUCGCCCGGGGACCUGGCCGCGUGGGAGACGGCGGUCCCGGCCAACGUGUUGUGGGGCACGGUGCGGCAGGCCGAGGCGUAUAUCCCUGGCAGCGCUAUUCUCGGCAGCCGGUGCGAAUGGCCCAGAGAGCCCGUCUGCUGCCAGCCGUGCCCGUGCUAUCUUUGCGGCCAGGACUUCGCCACGAAGCAGUUGUUGCAGGAGCACUGGCGCGAGGAGCACGUGAACCUGCCCGAGGCCGAGCGGGGCUUGCUGGCGCCGCGGCGAGUGGAGGAAGAGGUCCGAAAGAGAAUCCUUGCGGACGAACAGCUGGAGGGCCCCUUCGAGGUCCGGGGCGCCGAGCAGCGCCGCGCGCUCGGACGCUUCGCCGAGAACCAGACGCAGAGCCGACCGGGGGGUGCGUGGGCCGGGCACUUCGAGAGCCAGCAGACCGCCCCGACCACCUGCCGCGCUCUGAGCGGCUGCGUUGUCUGCGCGCGCUCUUUCUGGCUGGAGGAACUCUUCGACGCGGACUUGUUCGUGGAGCCCGUGGACCCCGAGCUGGCAGCGGGCGCCGGCGAUCCCGCGGCGGACGGCGCCCAGGGGCACGGCGCGGAAGGCGCGCCGGCGGACGCGCCUGCGCGUCAGCCCCGGGGGCACCCGGAGCCGCCGCCCGCCGAGGACGCGGCCCCGCCGCGCCGGGCUCGCUUCGCGGUGCGGCCCGAGGCCGCCGCGAAAGUCCACGCGCUCCUCUCCCCGUUGCGGGACAUGGAGCUGCGAUCGCUAGCCAGGGGCCGCGUGUGCGUGAACAAGAUCAUCGCCGAGCCCGAGAAGAGAGGUUCCGACGAGCCGGCGGCGCGCCUGGAGACGUCUCGCAAGGUGGAUCUCCUGCGCAGCGCCGAGCUGCCCGCCCCCCCUGCCGAGGCGCAGCGAUUCCUCGCUGAGUCCGUCGUCAUUGCCCUGGCAGGGGCCGACGUGGACGACCUCAGCAAGGCCCGGUGGGCCAACGUGCGCAAGGGCGAAUACAUGGGGGCCGCCAGCUUCCUGACCUCCCAUUCGGUCUCGUACAACGACAUGACCUGCAACCAGGACAGGGCAGACGCCGUCAUGAGCGACGCCGGCGCCGUCCCCGAGGCCGUGCGAAGCAUCGCAAUCCCCAUUGAGGUCUCCGAGCAGCUGAAGCACCGGCUGGAGGGCCCCGCCGACGCCUGCGCCGGGGCCGACGAGCAAGUCGUCAGGGUGGACGGGGAGGAGUGCGUGUCCGAGCACGAGGCAGAGGAAGAGGAGGGGGAGAACGAUCUCAACGCCGCGCUGCCCGACCCGGACUUCCCCGCCGAGGCGCUCCCGGCGAUGUCUUUCUGCGCCGAUGCCGCGACCGGCGGCGACCUCGACGAGCUCCAGGCGAUCCGCAAGGUGCACGGUGAGCUCGAGGCUCUGCAGGAUUCCAUGCGCGAGGAGGCCUCCGGCAUGGGCUACCCGCGCCGGCGCCUCAUCAAGCAGCUUCAGGUCAGCGCCAGAGGCAUGCUGGAUCGCGGAUUGGCGGACAGGAUCCACCACCACCACAAGACGGUGACGGCCCUGGAGGAGACGGGCCAACGGGCGGCGGCUCCCGGAGGCGCGAUGGAAGGGUAUGCCCAGGGCACUGCCACACAGCCGCUCUCGAUGUACAGCCCCGAGCUCUGGUCCAUGUGCUUCCCCGACAAGUUCCCGUACGGCGACGGCGUGUUCGGCUUGUCCAGGACUGCGCCCAUGUCGUUCCAUCAGUGCACGUCAAUGCACUUGGUCCGCGAGGAGCUGGUGUACCAGGUCACGCCCGAAGAUUUGGCCGCGGCCGCCGCUUGCAAGGCGUGGGUCGAGACCGCCGCGGACGGGCCCGGCGCGACCGGGCAGUCUCGCCCCUCCGGCGGCUCCUGCGCCUGCCAGCAGUGCAGAGAGGCGUGCCGGCGCUACGUCGCGCCCGAGCAGCCGCGCUGGGGGGCCGACCGCGAUCUCAUCUGCUGCUACUACGACGCCGGGCGCCGCAUCGAGCAGAUCCGCAGGGCCAGGGGCCACGUGCACAGAACGGGCUUCCAGGAGCGCCUGGAGAAGAUCUGCGCGGCCUCCACGGAGAAGCUCGAUGCCGCCGUGCAGAGCCUAGGGCCGAAUGCGUCCCUGAAGGACGCGAUGCGGUCCCCCGCCGUGGACCAGGACGUCAAAGACGCGCUCUCCGAGCUCAUGGUGUUCACCUCAGAAGUUCUCGGCUCGGACGGCGCGCGCGCGAAAUUGCGCCACGAGCAGAACGGCUUCGCCCUCAUGUUCGGCGGCGCCGGUGGCUUUCUGACUCCGAACGUCGCGGACGUGCGGAGCCCCAUCUUGCUUGCCCUGCACGCGGCGGGGGGCUGCGAGACCCACGCCGUGGACCUCCUCGCGGAAGCCCCGGACAUGCCCUCCGCGCGGAAGAUGCUCCAGAUCGUGGCGCAGGACCCGGUGGCCCAGGCCCGCUUCUUCAUCUUUAGCAUGAAGCUUUUCUGCGAGCACGUGCUGGGCACCGGCCCCUGGGACUUCCACCUGCGCCACAACGGCCGUUGCGACGGGGCGGCUUUCCCCGAUGGCUUCGCCACUUCGUGCACGGGCGGAGCCUUCCUCAUGUUGGCGGCGCUGCACGGGCCCAUCGAGGAGCAGGCCCGGCUGUCCAUCCACCCGCACAUCCUCCUGUGGUUCGUGCACGCGCAGUCCGAGCAGUGGCUCCGGUGCGUGCUCAACAGGGAGACCGAGGAGAUCCGGCAGCGGCUCCGCGUGUGGCAGGAGAAGACCUUGGCCGCAGUGCAGUCCAUGCAGCUGGACUCAGCGGCCGUGCUCCCGCUGCUCCUCACCGACGACCCCGACCGGGCGCCCGAGCCCAGGAACACGCCCUUCUCCGAGAAGCUGCAGCGGGAUUGCCGCAUGGAUGGGGAGCUGGAGCACGACGUGGAAGAGCCGGAGAAACGGCGCGUCUUCUUGGCCACAGAGCCCCCAUUCGAGGACCACCACCUCCGACGGCAUCGGAUGUCCUUGGCGCCCGAGGCGCGACCCAUGAGCGAAUACAUGGUGCCCCAAACGGGCGCCCAGCUCUGUCGCCUCGAGCACUACAGGCUGCUGCGCCCGACCACGGGCGACGACCUGGAGACCGCGGCGGGCCGGAGCGCGGAGGCGGCGGCCUGGGCCGCGCGCUACGCCGAGGAUUACCGCCAGGACAUCGCCGUGGGCCAGAUGCACCAGCACAAGGACACGUGCUUCAAGUACGUGGUCGAGAAGUCCAUGCGCUUCGCGCGGCACUGCCGCUUCAACUUCUGCCACUUCGUCAAGCUCUGGCUCCGCGUCGGCGACGGCGGGGACUCCUCGGCGCAGCAGAAGCGCCCCAAGAAGCUGGUGACCUUGGCGCGGACCGGCAAAGACCUUGUGCUGCCGCGGGGGCCAGGGGAACCGGAGCCGGAUAUGUUCCCCCUGGACGAGGACGGCGCGCCCGUGCCCCUGCGCCCCGGGCGCAAACUCGGCCCGGUCGUCAAUGCCGACCCCGACCAUGGAAAACACGGCCUGAUCAUGCCCAUUCGCUGGAACCCGAUGGAAGGCAGUUCCAAUGGCGUGGCCCAGACGGCACUCAACUCCAACGUCGAUUUCCAGAGCAUGAUGCGCACGUUUUGGGACGGGUUUGAUUCGGGAGCCCGGGACAUGUUGCGCGACCCGCCCCUCUCUGCGGACGAGGAGGCCGCGCUCGAGGCGAAGGAGGACCGAGAGUUUUUGGCGAACCUCCCCGACAGCGUGGAGAAGCUCGUGGCCGCCCGCAAGAGGGCCCACAUGCCAGAGCUCGAAGAUCACGAGGCCGAGAUGAUGCUCAGGCAACGGCGAGAAGCCCGCAAGGCGGCGCAGCGGAAGCUGGGCCCAGCCGAGCGCUUCAGGCGCGGUAUCAGAGCGCUGACCGUUAACAUCAUGAAGCAGUCCAUUCAGGCCAUGUUCUACGCCUGCGACUACUCCACCAAGCCGAACAUGACCUGCGCGCCCCUCCUGGUGGCGGUGCGCGACGGCAUUCGGCGCCUGGAGGAGCGGCUCCGCCUCGAGGAAGAAGAGGCGGCGGCGGCGGAGGAGACGGGGGGUGCGGGGGUCCCGCGGCCGAAGCCGCUGAGGAGGGGGCCCGCGCUGAGCCAGGCCACCGCUGCCAACCAGGCCAUCGUGAAGGGGAACUGCCUCAUGGUCAUGCAGAUGCUCACCCGACGCGAGGUGCUGCGCUCCCACUCCACCUGGCAGUUGAUGAUGAAGAACGCCAUGUGGCUGGCCUUCGAGAGCCGACGAAUUCGGCAGGGGUUCGACGAGCGCGAGCAGCUGCACGAGGCCACGGUGCUCCUCGACGCCGCGGAAGUGGACAGCCAGGUCACUGACCCGGACGAUUGUGACAGCGAGCCCGAGGAGCGCGACGAGAGCGCCGACGGCGACGCCGCCGACGAGGCUUCAGACAUCCGAGAGGCACCGCGCAAUCAUGCGUCGCCGCUGGGCACACGCGGCGAGAGUCCGGCUGGGCCGCGGAGGCGCCCCGCAGCGAUUGCACCCGCAGGGUCAGCUGCGCGCCCGGCGCCGCCGCCGGCCAGCGUCGCCGCCGAGCUCGGUUCUGCUGCCUCCACGCAGGUCGCGGCCGCGGGCGGCGCGCCCACAGACGAUCUCUUCGCGGCGCGCGGGGAGCGCGGCCCUUCCUUGGCCGAGGAGGCCACGGACGAGCCGCAGCAGAGAAACGCGGGGGUCCGCCUGAAGAGCAACAGCUACUACGACGACUACUUGCACCGCGGCUCCGCCGAGUUCGGCGCGUCGGGUCGAGCGGCGAAGACUCCCCUGGCCUCCAUGUCGUAUUACGACUACGGCAUGUGGGUGCGCGUUGUGCCCGGGGACCCGAACGCCCUGGCGCCAGACGAGUAUGCUGUCGCCGGCCACUACGGGAAGCAUGCCGACUACGUCCAGCAGCUGCGGGCCGCGCCGGCCGCGCCGUACAUCUCCGGCUUCACGAUGCCGACCGAAGAGAAGGACCCGGAGACGAACGCCUGUUUCAAGCAGGUGUUGUUGAGGCCGCAUGCGUGCCCGGGGCCGGACAGCUGUCGCCAGGUGCACUUCGCUCAGCACUUCUGCUGCGCGUCCCGCAGCAGAGAGGGGGGGCGGGCCAGGGGUCGCGCCCCUCUCUCCUUCCUGGGACCUUGGCGCGCGUAUCGCGCCGAGCAGCUCGUCCUGGCGAAGCGGGCCGACCAGGCCCUGCAGCGCUCGCGGCAAUGCCCCGUGCUGCACGACACAACCGCCAUCCGUUACUGGCAUCUCCCCGGCACCGUGCGCGGGGGCCCGGUCCACGAGAGUUUCCUGCCGUUGCUCUGCGGCAGCCGCCAUGCGACGGAUCCUGGUUUGGACGGCACGUGGUGCCGCCGCCGCGAGAUCCCGACCCCCGUCGCAGGCGCCGAUCUGCAGCGGCCGUCGCGCGGAGCGGUUUGCUGGCGCAUGGCCCUCCCGGUGGACCUCGCCUGGGCCGUGCUGCGCUUCGCGGGCGACGUCCGCGGCGACGACGGGCGGCGCCUGGGGGUCGCCGGCUCGGAGGAGGAGCGCGCUCGGCUCGACGAGCGGGCGGCCCUCGAGGGCGAGUCGAUCGCCUGCGCCUGUCCUGGAGUUCACGACGACCAGCUGACCCCCGAGAUGUUCUUCGCUGUUCGGCACGUGGAGGUGGCCGCCCGCCUGGAGUACAUGGCCGAGGCCCGCGGGCUGCCGAAGCCGGCAAGGGGGCCCAGCGACGCGGUGGCGGAGGAGGAGCUCGGCGGAGAUCGCUCCGACGAUGACGGGGUCUUCGGCCUGGACGAGGCUCUGCCAGGUGAAGAUUCCUCCGCGGAGGAGCGCCAGGAAGUGGCAGACGCGCGAGAGGACAAGGAGGGCAUGAGACCUCGCUGGAGGCUGGCAGAGGACGAGUUCGACAACGUCGUGCACCGGACGGCGGCGGCCCAGGCGGCUAAGAGCAGUCGCGUGGGAGCGCACAAGAAAGCUUUGAUGGAAACGUUCUUGCAGUUGCAACGCCGCGCUUACGCCUGCGUUCGGCAGCCCUGCGCCGUGCCCGAGCGCGCCCCUCGGCUGGCGGCGAUGACUCCUGCUGACGAGCAGACCGCCAAAAAGAACCAGGACGCGAUCCGCGAACAGAGGGCCGCCCAGGACGACAAUCUGGAGGCCGCGGGCGCCGAUCUGCCCGUCGCCGCGGCGGCCUUCUCCGACGCGCCCGCGCCGUCGAGGCGCCUCGGCCCGGAGGACGUGCCGAUCUCCCCGCUGCAGGCGGCGCUGACCCUCAUCGCCGAGUCUGGGGUCUGGAAGAGCAAGGAGCAGUACCUGGCGACGCUCUUCCUCCUUCAACCGAUACAACAACUGUGGCAGAAGGCCCUCGAGACGGACGGCUUGGACAGCUUGUCCACGGCCGCGGGCCUCGCAGCGGCCUCGAGAGACGUGCAGGUCCGCCGCGUCUUCCUGCACGGCCCGGGGGGCUCGGGGAAGACGUAUUGCAUGACCGAGGUGGUCAACAAGGUGGUCGUGCGUUUCUUCGGGCACAGGGGGCUGAAGCUCGUGGCCGCGGCCAACAGCGCCGCCCGCAUCCUCGGCGGCAAGACCAUGCACGCGGCGGCGAAGCUGACGCGGAAGCAGUCUCUCGCGGCGAGUAAAUUGAAACCCAACACCAGGGCGAAGAAGAAGUUGGAGGCCGAGUGGGAGUACCUUGUGCCCCUCCUCGCCGACGAGAUCGGCCUGGCGUCCCCCCCGCUCCUUGCGGGCCUGAGUCGCCGCGCGACUUUCGGCCGCAAGGACUUGCUGCGGCUGUGCGUGGCGAGGGCCAUCGAAGAGCCCUUCGGCCAGGUCCCCGUGCAGGCCAUCAUGGGCGACUUCAUGCAGAUCAACCCGGUCUGCAGCCACGCGCUGCUGGAAGCCCUGCUGGCCCGCGCGCGCGUCCCCGGCGUGCCGCGGAAGAUCACGGACGAGGACGAAGACGGCUGGAAGGUCUUCAGGAAGAUGGCCUCCGACGUGGUCGUCUUCACUGGCACGCACCGCUUUCUCGACGAGGACCUACCGCUGCUCUUCGAGGUCAUGCGCACUCCGGGCGGGGCGAGAGUGCCUGACGACUUGCGCGCGAAGAUCAGAGAUCGCGUCCAGCGGGGCCCCGACGACCCGAGGAUGUCCAUGGACUACGAACUGGAGGGCGUUCGGGGCUUCUUCGCCUUCGGCGCUCGCGCGGCGAUCCAGUGGGAGCAGGUCGCGCGCCUGCAGCAGCUCCACGUGCUCGCCUCCGCGAGGGUCUGCCCUGGCCCCAGGGCCUUGCUCAACGGGGAGGACGGCCGGCCGGAUCUUCGUCGCCACGGCUUCAGCGCGGCGCAUUCGGGGGCGCGCGGGCAGCUCGUCUAUUAUUUCCAGGCCGUGGACCGCUUCAAGCACCACCAGGACCGAGACAUGUACCUCGAGGCGCUGAAGUUCAUGAACCUCUCCAAGAGCAACGGCCUGCCGGGCAUGUGCGCGGCCUACUUGGGCAUGCGAGGGCGGCUCGCGAAGAAGGUCAUGGGGCCGGAGCUGGUGCAGGAGGCCACGGGCGAGGUCGUGGGCAUCCGCUUUCACCCGCGGGAGCGAUUCGGCUUCGGGGAGAAUCUCGAUCUCGACCAGGUGGACUACACUGGCCUGGGCAAGCGGGGCGUGUUCCAUCUGGAGCCUGUGCAGGACGAGUGGGAGUUGCCUGUCGCGCGCGUGCAGACGGUGAAUCACCCGGGCGCGCCUCGGGCCAAGCAGUUCGUCGUCAAGAGCAAGCAGAAGAAGGGGCUGCAGGUCGCGCGCACGCAGCUCAGUUGGGCGCCCGAGGACCAGCUUACUUUCCAGAGCAUCCAGGGCCGCACUAUCCGCGGGCCCGAGGGCCAGCCCAAAGGUUUCGUCGUCGACCUCUUUCGGCCUGGCACGAUGCAGGGCGAGGAUCGCCGGGGGGAGUACUUCCAGCACGUCUGGAUGAUCCUUGGAAGAGCCAGGAAGCUGGAAUGGAUGCUGCUGCAGAACUUUCCGCUCGACGAGAGCACCGGCGAUCUGGACUGGUCGAUCCUCGAGCAAGGGCCGCCGGACUACCUCGUUGAGUUCUUGGGCGCGGCUGCGACGCUCAGCAGGAGGACUUCGCGCAGGAUGCUGCGCGCGCAGAAGGAGUUGGGGGCGCCGGCCUGGGAGGACGUGCCGGAGUGCCCGCUGGACCCCGACCGCCAGGGCAGAUUCUUGUAUAUCGCCGAGGACUGGAUCAGGGCGGGCGCCGCCUGCGCCCGGCCCGUCGCAAGCGCCUCGGCCGAGGCGAAGCCCGACGCGGCCCCGCGGAGGAGACUCUGGGGCAAGAGGCCGCGCGAGGAACUGCGCUCGAAGACGGACCGGCCGACCGCGUUGCCCGACGAGCCCGGGGGCGCUCCGCUGCGGCGGAAGCGGUCGCGCGGCGAGGGCGCCGGGGACGAGGGCGAGCGGGCCUGCGCGCCUCCUGGCGCGGCGCCAGCCUCUUCGACGCAGUCGACCCUGCCGUCGGCGCCCUCGGCCAGCGCCGGCGGCUGGCACUGUUCCUUGCUCGGCCGCGCCAUCGGCCGACGAAGGAGCGCGCCCGCGUGGUUCAACAAUCCUCUCAUGGGCGAGGUCGACCCCGCGUCCGGCACCCAGCUGGGCCUCACGUGCGGUUUCUUCGCGGUGAACCAUUGCCUGGGCCACGCGGGCAUGCCGCAGCUGUCGGCCGAGGAGUUCCGGCAGGGCGCGGGAGACGGACUCUACCCCGAGGGUGAUUUCGACGACGGGGGGUUGCGUCAGAACCUCGCAGAGCGCGGGUGCCAUUUCGAUUUGUUGCAGGGCGCGGACCACCAGGACGCCAUCCUCGCCGUGGGGGACUCCGACAGCUGUCUGGCUGUCUUCAACGGCAACCACGCCUUGGGUGUCAUCCUGCACCAGCCAUGCCCUCGACAUUGGAUCGCGCUCGUUCGACCUCCAGAGGCCGUUCGAGACGGCGACGCCGCCUGGCUUUGCGACUCCUUGCACUCGGCGGUCUUCGCCCUUGAGGCCAGCGAGGUGCAGGACCUCCUCGGCCACGUUGGCUCGGCGCAGAUGGGCGCCGCGGACAGGGCCGGGAGCGAGCUCGACCGGAUGAGGGAGAUCUCCGACUGGCCAGCCCCGGGGUACACCGCUCGACUGAAGUGCGUGUUCUUCGAGGCGAAGCAAGUGCAGCAUUUCGCGAAGGGCGUGGGGCGUUUCCUCGACCACACUGGUGCACCCAUUUGGUUCGAGCUCACUGGCCAGUCUACCCAGGACGUGUUGAUGAAGGCGCGCCUGUACCUCCCGGGCAAGGCGGGGACAUUCAGCAACGUGACGGUGAAGAGCAGCUCGUACUACAGCGGCGGCCGCGUGAUCAACCUGAACCCGAAGUCCAACGUGCGCUGCGUUGCCCUGGCGGGCGCCGACGCCUCCCAGCUACCUUCGGGGCCCGUGGCGCCUCGCGGGGGCCUGCGCGACGUGGGGAUGUGCAACGACGGGGAUCGAGUAGACGUCGUGGGCCGCGUGGUGGAGCAGAGGGCAGUGGCGUCGAUCAAAAAGGUCGAGGUCUGGCUGAAGGACGAGGAGAGCGGCAAGUCCAUUCUCGUGGAGCUGUGGGGCGACACGUUCUACGACAUGGUGAAGGAGGCCCACGGCCUGGGAGACGUUGAGGAAGAGGCAGACCCCGUCGUGUUGCAGGUGGAGAACGCGCGCGUCGUGAGGAAGGAGUCCGGCCAGGUCCACCUGACUGCCGAGUUCUUCAAGGAUUCCCAGAACGCAUGUGCUUGGGCGCAUUUGCAGCCGCGCCACCAGAAGGCCGAGGAGCUGAGAGCCCUGAGCGCCACGGUGGGCGAACGCAUGUCUGCGGUGUGGGCCCCGAGCGGCGCGGUGGUGCGCAUGCAGAGCCCGAAGCAGGGUUUGUACAAGACUUGCCUGCGCACAUUGAAGACCUGCUCCCUCUCGUGGACGGAAAGUGCCGACGCAGCAAGCCCGCCGAACGCCGUGAUGGAGGCAUCCACCCAGUCGCCCGUUUCCGGGGGCCGGCCACUGCCCGCCGAGGUGCAGGUAGAGGUGCACGGCGCGUGGCUCACGGGCGUCUCCAACCCCGACCCCGUGUACACGAAGUGCAAGCACUGCCGCACCAAGAUCAACCCGGAGGGCAACUGCAAGCAUUUCAUGAAGCACCGGCCAGAGCCAGACACAAACAAAUCCGCUUUGAGCUCUGUGACCCUGGGGGAUUUCACGGGCGGCAUGGACGACAUCUUGGCGGACGAGAACAGCCUGGUCGCGCUCGCCGGCGUCGCGAACCUCGACGAGUUGCAGCAGUUGAUAGAGCAGCGCACUGUCGCAGGCAUGUGCUUCCAGGUCCGAUGCGACGUCGUCCUCGGCGCCAACCGUGAGAAGGUGGUCAGGCUAUCGCAGGCCAAGCAGAGCCGGUCGGACGACGCUCGCGCGGAGUGCAACUUCGCCAUAUUGAAGGUGACGCCAGCGCUGAUGGUGCCCUGGGGCGCGCCCCGGCGGCCCGCCCUCAAGCAAGUGUUGUCGCUCGUCGCAGACCACGGCGCGGGCGCCGUCCUUCCGGUCUCCAACCUCGCGACGGACCUGACGGACACGUUGUCCACCGCCAAGUGCAAGCAGACCGGCUGCGUCGCCGAGUGCGUCAUGGUCCUGGCGCGCGCCCGGGGUGAGCCGACGCGCGCGGACCUCGGCGACAUGGAAGAGAUCACGCACGAGGAGGUCGUGUCCACUGUCGCGGACGGCGCCGACGACCCCGCCCCGUUCCGCCUGGAGAUGCUGGUGCCCAAGAGUCGGGCGGGCGCGUCGCUCAUGGAUGAGGAGGACGUGGACUACCUCGUCGUCGGCCGCCCGCAGGGAUCCAACCUCGCGUGGACGCUCGUGGCCGAGAACAUUUUCUCGUGCAAGGACAUGCCGGACGUUCGCAGCACUUUCAAGGAGGAGCUCCAGGGCUGUCGCGAACUGUUGGUGUCCAAGAAGACGUCGCUCGCGGGAAAGCGGUCGGCCAAGGAGUUGAUCACUGAGACGCCUACGAAAGUCCGGUGCGUCCAGGUGGUCUGCCUCUGGCCGCGCCGGGCGGAGGCGGCGGAGCGCGAGAAGAGCCCGCGGACACGUGCGGCGGAGCAGCUCAGGACGGGUCGGUCAUCUCCGCGAGCCUCCACGCCCUGCAGGCCAGGCCCGCCAGGACUGGUGGGCGGCGGGCGGAUCCUCCGCCGCCUGAAGGAGCUCGACGGCGCCAACAAGAGGCUGCUGCUGGGCGGCAUCGAGGACGCCGGUGCGCUGCACGACCUCAUCGCUCAGUGGCAGGACUGCCCUCCCAGGGCCUCACGGGGCUGGGCGCGGACAGGGAGGCCUCGUCGAGCGCCGCAAGCGAGCGGGAGUGCCGCCAGCAAGCCCGCACGGCAGUGCGACGAGAAGCGCCGCGCGGCCUCCGAGAGCCGCCCUUGCCAGCGCCCCGCGCUGGACAGCGCCCUGCGCCUGCGCCCCAGCCCCGCGCGGUCGCUGAGGAGGGACGCCAGCGCCCAGGCCCGCCAGCGCCGGCGGGGCGCCGCUGGCAGGGGCUUUCCUGUGGGCGGCCUGCCCUCGGAGCACGCGCAGGUGGUCGCUGCGGAUGCUUCGGCCGCCCCGGCGCCGCAGGCCACCCCAGAGCCCGGCGCCGCGGUGCGGCAGGCGCCGCUGGCAGCCCCUGUGGCGCCCAGAGACGCCGCCGUACAGGAGGUGUGCAGCGUUGCCCCUGAUGGUGCCGCCGGACACGACGAAGAGGUGGCGCUCAGAAGGAUCGCCGCCCUCGUCCGGGAGCUGCGGGAGGAGCUGCGGGCUGCGGGCCUCUCCCGCGAGGACUGCAGGAGGGCCGGCAUCCUCCUGGAGGAUCUCCCACAGCUCGCUGGGCCGAGGGAGCCCGCCGCGGCCGCCUGCGCCAGCGGCGCCGGAGCGGCGAGCGACCCCGACCGCCAGGCGCUGCGCCUCAUCAGCGUCGUUGGGCACAACCCUCUGCCGGAUGCCGGGAACGCCGAGGCGAGCCGGGCGCAGCGCGACUGCGCCUGCUCCUCGCUCGCCUGGCUGGGCCUCAGGGCGUCUCCGCAGACGUCCGCGCGGGCCUUCGAUCGGGAGGGCUGUGGCUGUAGCGUAAUGUAG